AUGUUGCUUGACAAGGGCGCCGACGUUAACGCGCAGGGUGGACGCUACGGCAACGCACUCCGGGCGGCUUUAGACAGAGGCUACGGCAACGCACUCCACCGGUAUCUAGAAGGAAGCCACGAAGCAACUGUGAAGCUGCUACUUGACAAGGGCGCCGACGUCAACGCGCAGGGUGGAGCGUACGGCAGCGCACUCUACGCAGCUUCAGAGGGAGGCCACGAAGCAACUUUGAAGCUGCUGCUCGACAAGGGCGCCGACGUCAACGCACAGGGUGGAGAGUACGGCAACGCACUCCAGGCAGCUUCAUUAAGAGGCCACGAAGCAGUUGUGAAGCUGCUGCUCGAGAAGGGCGCC